AUGGCAGCCGGCGACGUCGAGGCCGUCGCUUUGCCGACCGCCGCCACCGUCGAGCACGAGCAGGAGCACGAGCAGGAGCGCCGCCUGGACAAGGACGAUGCGGGCGACGUCCACGGCGACGACGGCGGUGCGUCGCUGCACUCGUCGGCCAAGUCGACGGCCAGGGACUCUCUGCUCCACUACCUCGACCGCCUCUCGCUCACCCUCAACAAGGUCUCGGUCGAGAGCAUCGGCAUCCGCCCGCUGCGGCCCGAGGAGCGCAACAGCGAGACGUGGUGGAGCGUCUCGCUCGUCUGGUUCAGCUCCAACCUCAACAUCCUCUCGUUCUCGACGGGCACCCUCGCCCCGCUGCUGGGCCUCAACAUGAAGUCGGCCCUCGUCACCAUCCUCCUCUUUAGCGCCUUCUCGUCCCUCUUCCCCGCCUACUUUGCCCUCUUUGGCUCCAACCUCGGCAUCCGCCAGAUGGUCCACGCGCGCUACUCGUUUGGCUACUUUGGCGCCAUCCUCAUCUGCCUCCUCAACGCCGCCUCGAUGCUCGGCUACUGCAUCCUCAACACCAUCGUCGGCGGACAGACGCUCUCGGCCGUCUCCCGGCCCGACGCCACCGGCGCCCCCACGCUCACCCCCACCGUCGGCAUCGUCGUCGCCUCGGUCAUUGCGCUUGUCGUCUCCUUCAGCGGCAUCCGCGUGCUCCACUACUUUGAGCGCAUCGUCUGGCUGCCCUCGCUCAUCUGCUUCUGCAUCCUGGUGGGCAAGAUGGGCACGGGGCCCGACGGCCUCCACACGCCCGCCGUCGAGGAGCCCACGACGGCGCGCAGCGUCCUCGCCAUGGGCAGCAUCCUGGCCGGCUUCAUCAUCUCGUACUCGUCGCUCAUCUCGGACGUCUCGCACUACCUCAAGCCCUCGACGCCUUCGCUCGCCCUCUUCCUCAGCUGCUGGGCCGGCUUCUUCUUCUCGUGCACCCCCAUCCUCAUGCUCGGCGCCGCCGUCGCCUGCGCUGCCGUCGACAUCCCGGCGUGGGAGGAGGCCCUGGCCGUGUCGUCGGGCACCUUCCUCGACCUCAUCCUCGGCGGCACGCUGGGCGGCUUCGGCAAGUUUCUCCAGGUCCUCCUCGCCCUCUCGGUCGUGGGCAACAUCUCGGCCACCAUCUACAGCCUGGGGCUCACGAUCCAGACCAUGGUCCCGCCGCUGGGCCGCGCGCCGCGCUUCAUCUGGCCCCUCUUCGCGUUUGCCAUCUUCCUGCCGCUCGCCAUCGUCGGCGCGUCGCGCUUCUACACGACCCUGUCCAACUUCACCGCCGUGCUCGGCUACUGGGCCUCGCUCUACGUCGCCGUCGUCCUGACCGACCACUGGAUCGUGCGCCGCGGACGGUGGGCGAGCUACGACCUCGCCGCCUGGAACCGCUGGGAGCUGCUGCCCACGGGCGCCUCGGCCGUCGGGGCGUGCGCCCUCUCGCUCGCCCUCGUCGUGCCCUGCAUCGACCAGGUGUGGUUCGUCGGCCCCAUCGCCGAAAAGGUGGGCGACCUCGGCUUCGAGGUCGGCCUCGUCCUCGCCGCCAUCCUAUACCCGCCCCUCCGCCUCGUCGAAAAGAGGCUCGUCGGUCGCUGA